GUACUUUGUCCAGGAGGUUGGCUUUCAAGUUUUCAUGGCGGAUGUUUCAAAGUCCAUUCCAAUCCCCUGGACUGGAACUCAGCAAAAUCCGCGUGUGAAGCACUGGGAUCAAGCCUCGCUGUCCUGAAUUCGGAAGCUAAAUUACGAGACUUUCCUCAGUUGUUGAAAAGUGCAGCUGCUAGCAAAAGAGAUUUAUGGAUUGGUUUAUACAGGAAUCCUGAAAACAAGCAAGGAUGGCUAUGGGUCGGUAGGUCAACCGUUUAUUUCACUUCCUGGGAUACUGGAGAACCAAAAAAUUAUGAGUCAAACGACGAGGAUUGUGGGGAACUUAGAAUGCCGUCAGGGAAAUGGAAUGAUUUGCCAUGUCACUACCAUCUUCCUUACAUUUGUGAAAUCAGUGGUAAGUACAACAUCCUUCAUGAAUAUAUAUACAUGCAGACAAUUGAUGGUUUGAAACUGGUUUUAAGCCCACGGAUUAACUCAACAAAUGUUUAUACGGGAAGGCUCCUCCCCAAUUUUUCACGAAAAAGGUACCCCCCCCCCCGGGAGUUAUAAGACAAGACAUAGGGCUUCAGGUCGCCAAUAUUUAUUCUGGCCUGGGAUGUUAUGAUCUGGUUGCUGCGGUAGGUUACACUAUCACCAUGUAGGGUUGAGAAACAGAGUGGAAUAUAACAUCACCGCGCUUUGUAAUAAUAAUAAUUAAUAAUUAUAAUAACAAUUUAAUCACUUAUAUUGCGCAGAUAUUCAUAAAAAUGAGAAAAUGCGCAUUACAUUAGUAAUAAAAGCAUGAAAAAAAGGUACAAACCUAUUUACAACAAGCAAAACAAUAAAAAUAUGUACACUUCCGCAAUGAAAAUCUAAAAUAUCGAUAUGUAACAAUUAAAAUCCAUUCAACCGUAAGCAAACUUAAAAAGAUACGUCGUAAGAUUGCUCUUAAGAUUAUGCAAGGUUGGAAUAUCGCGAAGCUCACGGGAAAGAGCAUUCCAUAACUUGGGCGCAGCCACCUGGAAGGACCUAUCGCCUAGUGUGACCUUAGCUCUAAGUGUUGACGAUGCUAGAUGCUGAGGUUAAAUGUGCCUUGCGAUUGCACAGAAACUAAGUUCUGAAUGUAUGUAGGGGCUAUACCAUGGAUAGUAAUACCUUUAACGAAUAGAUUCCGUGUUUGCCAUGCGUCUGUUCAGUAAUACAUCACAGUGGUAUAAACAACAAAGUGGCACACGAGACUCAGACGAGUAAUUCACGGAUAUUUUUACCACAUUUUGACGCCUUCUGUAAUCUCAGUAUUACUGAACAGACCAAUUGCAACACGGAAUCUGUUCGUUUUGUACAAUUUUCAGAAAAGAAAAAAACCGACACAAUUAAUGACUCGUUCCGCUUGACUGUUCGAGGAUUUGUGCACGUGUCAGCUUAAGCAUUUUCGUAGUCACAAACGGUUCUUUUAGUCUAUGCUUCCUAUUUUCCGAUAUCUCACUCAUAAGCGAGUUGAAAGAUGGCGCCAAAUUUGUCGGAAAACAAUUACCGGAGAAGUCUCAAGAGUUAGCAAAGGCACAAGCAGAAAUUGCCGAACUCACGAGGAAGGUGCAAAAACAUGAAGAAGCAGUUAAGGCUUAUAUCUUGAGGCCUAUUCUCCACGCGAAAACAUGAAGUUUAUGAACAUCGAAGAAGGACCUCAAGACCAACCCGAAGACACCAAGGAGAUUUUUAGAGGCUUUUUAGAACGCGAGCUGGGAUAUGUAGAUGCUAAGAACGUAGAAUUCUAACGUGUCCACCGCACAGGAAAAACCAAAGGUGAAAAUCCUCGUGCGAUUCUUGCACGUUACCUGAGGUAUAAAGAUGAUCAUGAGCAAACAUUUUUUUCCAUCUGACACCGCUUGAAAGGAUCAAAGUUUUCAUAUGUUCCGAGACCUACCGACUGAAAUUGUUAAACGCCGCAGCGUACAGAUAGAAACUUUUAAAACUGCUAAACGAAGAGGAAUCCCAGCGACUUUCAGCCAAGCAAAACCAGAUAAGUUGUAUAUUAGAGGGCGCUUAUGGCCUGUAGGCAAAUAACUUCCUACAUAACUUUUUAUAACUUUUGUCAUUUGCUUCAAACAAUAGAAUGCUGUCGGGCCAUCUGUCACUGUGAGAUUGAAAAAAACACUGUAUAACUUAUGCUAUUGCGGGCGGUUGCUUUUUUAUUAGCUUUGCAGUUGUUUUUUUUUUUCUCUUUCAAACUUAGGAGAGAGCCUAAGAAAACGCGUCUUUCGUCCCCAGUCAAUUUAACCUUUUAUUGAUUUAAAUGUGCGUGUCUCUGUUUACAUUUUGCCUGACAAUGUUUAGUUUGCUGUGUUUUUGCGUAACCUCACUGUUAUUUUACUCAACCUCUUGUUUAUCUUUUCUUAUUUCUCAUUUUCGCUUUUUUACUGCUCGAAUACUCCUUGGGUAAAGACAGUCGAUGCUAUCUGACACAAACGUCUAAAAAUGGACCUUAAAAUAGGAUCAAUUAAUGUUAGAGGUUUGGGAGACCAGGUCAAGAGGCGAGAAAUCUUUAACUGGCUUCCAGCAAAAAAAUAUUCGUAUAUUUUAUUCAAGAAGUGUACUGUACAGAAAACAAUAAGAAUGAUUACCGAGCCGAAUGGGGCUAUCAAGUUUUGUUCAGCUGGUGCACCAGUAAAAAGGUAGGUGUUGCCAUACUUUUUAACAAUAACUUCACCUUUCAAAUUUCUAAAACAUAUUCCGAUCCCGAGGGACGUUUUAUAAUAUGCGAUCUGACUGUAAACGGGAAGCAAUUAACGCUGACAAACAUUUACGCUCCAAAGAACGAUGAUUCAAAUUUCUUCACCUCGGUUGUUAGUCAUUUAGCUGAUUUCAAGUGUGACGAGAUCAUAAUAGGUGGCGAUUUAAAAAAAAAUUUAGAAUAUAAAUUACAGUUAAUAAACAACCUUUAUCUUAUUAGAGUCAAGCUAACAGUAAACAAUAAUGUAUUUGUAAAUGCUAGCAAUACAAGGGUACAAAGGUCAUUUAGCCUACAUGGCUUCACGUGCAGUCAAUUAUAUUGUCCAAUCACAGCGCUGGAUUUUUCUCCCUGUUAAUUAAAUUAUGAUCGUCCGUUUGCUUCGGUUCGUUGAUUCAUUCAGUUCUUCAGCUUUGACAAGAAUCACAGUUUUCAAGCUCGUUGGCACUGUUUUCUACAAGAAUUACAGUAUUUCUUUCGUUAAUAUCUCACCAUCCCAUCUGAGUUCAGUACAGUUUUACCUGCCAUCAUGCCAUCGUCGAGGAAAAGAGGCAACAAGCAACGAAAUAGUGAGCAUCCAGUAUCACGAGGUCGACCACCGAAGCGCCGCGCCGAAACUAGUCAAAACCCAAAUCAGUGCCAGAAUCAUCUUGUUCUUUCAAACCAGGUGCCUCGUAUAGGUAACAACCCAUACAGCCGUGAUAACUUGCUGCCCUUCUCUGUGGAUCAACUGGAAACGUUGAGAGCCAUGAUAGAAGACAAGGUUGCCGACUUUUUAUUCGCUUAAAUUCCACCAAAUAUCAAAAAAAACUUUUGUAAAACUUAGUAUGUUAUUUAUUAUUUAUUUAACAUUGAAUAACCAAAAUAUUAAUAACCAGAAUGUCAUUCUUUAUGUUUUCUGACAUUUUCUAAGCGGUGAGGUAUAGAAUGUACGAGCUCCCAAAGCGUGUCCAAAGUCAGAUUUUUCCAGGCCAAGCGUAGUCACUGUCUUAGCUCGUCCAGUGUUUGGGGGGCUGAAUCUUUGUCUGCUGUCUCGUCUGCGAUAAUCGAGAUGGUCUCUAGGGGGUUCAAAUAAUAUGCCGGUUUGCCGGCCGGUCCUCCUUCGGUAUAAAGUUGGCAAAUCCUUUUGACACCAUGCGCGCAUGAGGUUUGCACAACCUUUUUCUCUUCAAGGCUUUCCAAUUGUUUUGGUAACUUAUCCCCAUACAGUUGUGCUCGGAACUGUGAUCGAUAAUGUGAAAUUGAAAUUUUUUUACCUGUCUGUUUUGUGGAAUUAUUACGCAUAUACUUACAGCUUUUUCGAUAAUAUUUAUCACACAGUCUGCGAAAAAACGGCCAUCCACUCCUUUCGUUUGUCUUCUAAGGUCUUUACUUUUGACCACUUGUUCGGUCAUCGUUGAGACUUCUUCAGCAAUUAGACAAUUUUUUUUUGACUGAAUAGCCAGAAGACCAUAAAAAUAGAUGCCUGAGCAGGCUAGCACAAACAGGGUAGGCCUUCAAUUUUCUUAAGGAGUAGAAAAAAGAAAAGAAAACGAUAAAUAUACCAAAAUAGAAAGCCUACAAUAUGGGUAGGAAAAGUAUAGCGGGAAAAACCUCGCGUACGUGUACGGUUGGGGCAAAAAUUAAAAAAAUAUAUAUAUAAUUUCUUCACAUUUUAGUUCGAAAUUGCUUUGAACGGUUAUUUAGAUAAAUUUCUUACCUGAAUCACUUUGCAUUUGGCUAAACAAGCGUUAAAUGCUUUGCGCAAAAUACAAUUUACAAUCGGAACGAACUUUUGAAACACCCCUUAGUAGGGACCAGUGCGAGUACCAACACGUCUGUAAUAGAUGUAAGGGCCAACCCCCUGGGCGGGACUGCAGUAGGGACCGCAACAAAGGAGGCUAUGUCAGGGAUCAGGACAAGAAAACCUAUGCUAGGGCUUGUGAGGAGGUCCACCGUCCCUCCAAAUCUAGUAGUUCCUCAGGCCACAGCAAAUUAUGAGUUUGCUGGGUCACUCCACACCCCUAUUAAUGUAAAUAGACUUGAGAUUUCUUUAGCUGAUCACCCCGACAGGGUUUUUGUUUCCAAUUUAUUGCAAACGUUUAGACUGAGAGCUAAUACAGGUUUCUUUGGGCGACGUUCCACAAGAUUUUCAAGAAACCUGCCUACUGCUUUGGCCCAACCUGACUUUGUGAAGGCCAAUUUAGAUAAGAAAGUAUCUCUGGGUCGGGUAGCGGGCCCCUUUUCAACACCACCAUUUCCCAAUUUUCAAGUCUAACGUAUAGGAUUAGUACCUAAAAAGUACUCGGAUAAGUUUCGCACUAUUUUUCACCUCUCAGUCCCAAAGUCAGGUGUCACUAGCAUAAACUAUUCAAUUUGAAAGGAAGAUUUUAGCCUGAAUCAUAUCACCAUAGACACAGCUAUCGAAGGAAUCUUAGCAAAUGGUCGUGGUUGCUUCCUUGCUAAGACUGAUGUGGAUUCUGCCUUUCGUCUGAUACCCCUAAGGCCAUGUGACUAUGAGCUCUUUGGUAUGCAAUGGGAAGGGAAAUUCUACUAUGAUAAGGUUCUCCCCUUUGGUUUAAGGAGUGCACCUUUUCUGUUUAAUCAGCUCUCAGAAGCAGUUAAGUGGCUUCUUCACGGUCACUGUGGCAUCUCUUUUGUUUACCACAUUUUAGAUGAUUUUCUUGUUAUUGAACCCCCAUCGCCUAUUGCACCCCACAACUUAACUUGUCAACAGAGCUUAUCUAGCAUGUUGCUUACUUUUAAGAAUCUGGGAAUUCCAUCGCACCCAAAAGACACAGGGUCCUUCUACAACCCUUGAAUUCAUGGGGAUUGUUCUUGAUUCUGACCGCAUGGAGGCACGCCUUCCUCCUGAUAAGGUCCAACGUCUCACUUCCUGUUUCACUGAAUUUAAAGGCAGAAGGUCCUGCACACUCAAGGAACUACAGUCUCUUAUUGGCUCUUUGAAUUUUGCUUGCAAGGUUAUUCCCCCGGGUCGACCAUUCCUGCAACGUAUGAUCCAGCUCACUAGGAACGUCUCUUUACCUCAACCAUCGUAUUAAGUUGAGCAAGGGUUUCUUUAAAGAUCUUAGGAUGUGGGAGGAUUUUAUAUGCAACUGGAAUGGGCCAGGUCGUUUUUUAUGCCUUCUCAUUGGGUCAUUUCAGAUGUCUUGUCUCUGUACACAGAUGCCUCUGGUUCUCUGGGAUUUGGGGGCAUUUUUCAAACCCACUGGUUUCAGGGCUCUUAAGAAACCCCAUCAAAAAAACUAGGUCAGCCAGAGAUCUCCAUUGCAUGGCAAGAAUUGUUUGGUUUUGUCAUCUAUUGGCCAAUUUUUUCUCAAACAAGCGCAUUCAGUUCUUCUGUGACAAUGAAUCAGUGUCAGUAUUGUUAACACAGAGGUACCGUAUCCCAAGGGUUAUGGAUCGUGUUCGUCAUUUGACCCUUCUGACUCUAAGGUUCAAUUUUUGUAUUAGAGCUGAGCAUAUAGAGGGUAAGAGGAAUGACAUAGCUGACUCCCUCUCUUCGCUUUCAGAUGGAUCAGUUCAGGGAGCUAGCACCCCAUAGCAACCGAGAUCCAUGUCAGGUUGCAUGCUCAGUCUCUACUAAGAGACGAGGAGACUUUGAUACAGUAUGUUGUUUACCUUGAUAAAUUGAUCAAGCAUUCCACUGUCAAGGGAUACUUGGCAGCAAUCCGUCAUUUUCACAUCUGCCGCGGCUACCAGCUUAACCUUAGGAAGUUCCUUCGCUUCCAACUUGUCUGCUGGGGCAUUAAGAGAUCUCAAGGUAGUUCAAUCACAACUCGUUUGACAAUUACAGUAUCCCACCUCAGAUUUUUCUGCUCCCUUCUAGCAAUCAGGUACACGACAAAUUAUGACUCUCUAAUGAUCUGGGCUGCUAUGACAUUAGCUUUCUUUGGUUUCACGUGGUUAGGCGAACUGAAAUGUAACUCCCAAUUUAACUCUGAUGUUCAUCUUACACCUCUUGAUACUAUCUUUCACCCAUCUCAGUCCAACCCCUCUCAUCUUUUAGUCAAAGUCAAGGUUUCUAAAACUGAUCCCUUCAGGAUGGGGCAUACCCUUUUAAUAGGACAAACUAAUCAGAGUAUCUGUCCUGUAAAUGCAAUGAAGCAUUAUCUUACCAGGAGGGGAACUACACCUGGACCUUUUUUUUUUUAUUUUUGCCUCGGGAUGUCCAUUGACUAAAGAUGCAUUAACUGCUGAGACUAGGCAACGUCUCUCUCAUUUGGGUUGUCAAGCAUCAGAUUAUGCUGGUCAUAGCUAUAGAAUUGGUGCAGCAACAGCUGCACCUUCAUCGGGUCUUCCCCCAUGGUUGGUUAAAACAUUAGGAAGGUGGUCAUCUGAUUGUUAUGAGAGAUACAUCUAAUGCCCACAGGCAGUUUUAUCUGGGAUUAAUAAUAAUAAUGAUGAUAAUAAUAAUAAUAAUAAUAAUAAUAAUAAUAACAUGUUUAAACAGGAUGACCAUUUCAGUUAUAAAAAACUGCUAUCAAUAUGGGUCCUGUAUAAAAAUAAAUGAAUAAAAAGAUAAAAACAUUAAUUAUAUAUGAAACUGGGAUACAUUACAUAAUAUAAUCAACGAAAAAAAGUAGCCUCCUAAUGAACAAAACUACAUACAGACAUUAAAAAGGGUAGCCCCCUUAUAAAAAAAGGCCCUCUUAGUCAACUUGAGAUUGACUGUAUCAAUAGAUAACCUAUCCUUAGACCUAGUGUCAUAGUCAUGAAUAUCAUAAGUUCGCCGUCGAAAAUAAUCUGAGAAAUAACUUGGAGAUUGUCCAUCAAGACAAUUCUUGACAAGUUUGACGAUAUGUUUCUCUCUUCUCGUCUUAAGAGGGUCCCAACCAAGACCAGAAGCCAUAUCUUGAGUGGACAAAUGCACCGUCUUUAGCACUAUCCUAGCAGCACGUCUCUGCAGGCGUUCCAAUUCUUCUUCAUUUCCUUUACCACAGCCAUGAAAAACAGCACAACAGCAUUCCAAAUUUGGUAGUAUGAUCGAUUUAUACAAUCGGUUCGAUGCUUCAGUUGUUAAUGAUGGUCUAAUUCUUGAAAACACCCCCAGUAUUUUAGAAACUUUCUUCUUCACAUAGUCAAUAUGCAAAUUAAAGGAAAGACUGUUGUCCAAAACUACGCCUAGGUACAUAAAGGCAUCACAGUGUUUCACAGAUUCUCCUUCCAACGUUAUCAACGUUAUAUGAGCCCCAUCGAUGUCUUGGCGACAUAGUUUCUGGUGGGUGCCAAAAACCAUGAACUCAGUCUUCUUUAAAUUGAGAAUCAGUUUAUUUGUAGACAGCCAUUCAGACAGAUUAAUCAGUUCCAAAUUUAACUGUAACUCAAUUUCCGAUAUUAGUGGAGCCGAGAAAAAGAUAACUGUGUCAUCAGCAUACAUCAUAACUUUACAGACUUAAAGUAAGGUUGCUUUAAAGCUACUUCAAAACUCAAGAUAGUUAUUGUUUACAUUGUUUGUGCAGCUGCAGGCUCAGUGGGCCUCCCUCCCCCCCCCCCCCAUGGUUGGUAAAAACAUUAGGAUGCUGGUCAUCUGAUUGUUAUGAGAGAUACAUCCAACGCUCACAGUCAAUUUUAUCUGGUGUUGCUUGGAAGCCAUUUCAAAACACAAGUUAGUUAUUGUUUCAAUGUUUACAUUGUUUGGUGCAGCAACAGCUGCAGCUUCAGCGAGCCUCCCCCCAUGUUUGGUUAAAACAUUAGGAGGGUGGUCAUCUGAUUGUUAUGAUAGAUACAUCCCAUGCCCACAGUCAACUGAGUCAAUAUUAUCUGGGAUUUCUUUGAAUCCACUUCAAAACGCAAGUUAGUUAUUGUUUACAUUGUUUGCAUGGAGUGGUUUUGAUAAAGCCAACUUAUUUACUGGUGUGUAAUUGUGCAAGAUUAUUAUUUCAUACUAAAUUUUUACUAUUUAGUGCUUUACACAGUAUCUGAUAUUAUCAUGAGCUUCUGUAGAUUGUGGUCUUAGCCAAGACCACUCUAUGCAUGUUUAUGAAAGCAUAUCAUAAUAUUGGCUUUAGCAUAUAUAAUAUUUGUUCUGUUCGUCUAUGGGGAAUACACUUUGUGUAUUUUGGGGGAUUAAGUGCCGUCUGGUUCUCAGAAGCACGCACUUUGGGAAACGAGGUAAUUUAAAAUUGCUUGACUCGAUAGUCACAAUGAAGACUCUAGUUGGAAGAAAAUAUUAUUCUUCCCGCCGCCGUUUUGCGAAAGCGCGAGGCGCAAUUCGGACAUAUUCAGUUUCUUCCAAAGCUGUCGUGACUAAGCUGUAAUGCCGUCACAAGUAAAAUAAAUUAAGUUUAUAUCGCCAAAAAAAAGGACAACGCUGACCAAAGUGAAAUUAUUCCUUUCCACCAAUCCAUUAUUUUCGCUCGCUGCGAAUUAAGCCGCGAAAACAAAAAUGAAAAACAAAGCCGGAUCGAAAACAUAAAUGAAAUCACCAAAAAACAGUCUUGAGAGAGUCGUAGGGAUUUUAUUAGAUAAGCUUCGAAAAUUGUACAUGAAUGGAACGGUCAUCUAGAAAUUUUCAGCCUUCCUCAAGCUAUAGAACAUUCUAGGCAAUUUGCGCCUCUCCGAACAGAUAUUUCAGAGAAAACAGUCUUUGGGUGCUCCUAAAUAAAUACAAGCUCGCUGUUCCAAAACCCCACACCGAAUUUUAUAAAGAAGCCAUUCUCGUAGCGGAAAUGUAAAGUGGAACAGCUUGACUUUAGGUGCGGCAAUUGACAUCCCUCUACGUUUUUAAAGGAAAAUUAGAAAAUCUUAAUUUAGACAUAUGUAAUAUUUUCACAUGGCCUCUUUGUAAAGCACGCUUUUUAUUAUUAUUACUUUAGAACCUGAACGAAAUACUAUGUAUAAGUAACGUUACCUUACCUCUGUGAUGUGCGUAAAUGGUUUUAGUCAAUAGACGUCCUCUAACUAUCAAUAAUGUGUGUUAAAACAAUGUAUCUAGUAAUAAAGAAGUAGUCGAAGAGCCAUGCAUAUUUUACCACCACAAAGUUUUAUAGAAAACGUAUUGUUAUCUGAUGUACACCUAUGACAGUCUAUAUUUGUAAGCUCUGCCUUAAGAACACUGGGUUACACUGCGCUCAUGGGUUCGCCAGCUAAAGUGCAGCCUAUGUUUGUCAGCUAUACCUUAAGAAUUGCUAGGUUACACUGUACUCACGGGUGCGCCACCUAAAGUACAGCCUAUGUUUGUUAUCUCUACCUAAAGAAUCACUGCGUUACACUGCACUCAUGGGUGCGCCACCUAAAGUGCAGCCUAUGUUUGUUAGCUCUACCUGAAGAAUCACUGGGUUACACUACACUCAUGGGUGUGCCACCUUAACUACAGCCUAUGUUUGUUAGCUCUACCUAAAGAAUCACGAGGUUACACUGUACUCACGGGGCCUAAAGCUCGCGUUUGGCUCGCCCUCUCUUCAAAGGAAAAAGCUACAGUCCGUUUCGACAAAAAUCAAGCUUUGUUUUCCCUAAAUGUUACACCAUAUUUUGCCCCAAAAGGUGUUAAAAUUUUCUCCAUAAUAGAAGAGUUUUUUGCUAGGGUUAAACAAGGUUGGCUUUCAUGAGUUUCAAUACAAAGGUGCAAAACUGUCCAAGAAAUUAUCAACAUAAUUACAUAGCACACAAACAUUGUCAUCCAACUCCUCGCAUGUAGCUGGAAUAAGCCAAGUAAUGAAGCAUAUAGCGAAAAAUCGUCCUAAAAUGGUCUCGAUAACUAAAUUAUACUUAAUUUUGCGAAAGAAACUUUUGUUUGUAUCCGUGUUAACCAUCGAAAAAGCGAGGAGUUAUCCCAUAACAUUAGGUAUAACAGAGGUAAUACUCACGGGUUUCACGAGUUCUAUGCACUAUUUUUCGCCAGGAAACAAAGUUCAAUUCUUACCUUACAGUUGUGGAUUCUUUUACCUUGCAUUCGACAACAAAUUGAAGACGAACAAAGCGAUGAAAUCCGGCACUCUUCUCUUAUAAAUAGCAAGCCGCACGAAGUAAAAUCCACCGAUAUGCACUGCGUUCUCACUACAAAUAUAAAUAGAUGUCGUGGAGAAAAAACGACCAGGAGGAAAGAAUACCAGAUCUUCGCCUCUGGAAUGUAUUCCAGCCACCCAAGCUAGCGUAUCCAGAAGGUGGACUCGAAGUUGGACAAACCUUGCGAUUUUUUUAGAAGCCCUUUGCAUGCAAACUAAUUUAUUCUGGCGCGAAAUGAAGAUUAAAGGGACUGGUUCACGAUGCGCAUGUGUGAGUUCUGACACUAGCUGAUUGUUUUUAAACCAAUCGGAAGCGAGUUAGAUUCACGCAAGGAAAUUUACAAAAUUCAGAUUAAUUGCUCGUGACGCGAGAGUAUUUCCGGGUAUUUGGUUUGAUUUUAGAUAUCCUUAUAAUUCAAGUUUAUUCUUUGCUACUCCUCAGAUAUAUGUUGCAGCCGAUAAGAAUAAGAUUUACAGCCCUGUCCUGCUUUGAAACAAACAUUUACCAACGUGUAUUUUUACGAGGUCGUACCCACGCUAACAAAACAGUCACCGAUCGGCAAACAAAAUUUGUAAACAAACAUUUUAUUACGGUUCUCUCAAUUCGCCUUAUAUAAACCCAGAAAUACCUACAAAUAGCUCCUGACCGGUGACAAAAACACACAACGUAUGCGUAUAAAGACUAUCCUUCGUUUUGAGCAUAAAUUUCAAUUGCUUAUCAGCAAAUGAACAAAUUUAUUCGCGUUGCAUCGGAUCAGUGUUCCGACAAACCAGGAACAGUUGUGUAAUUAUUAGAAUAUUCAGGCAAUAAUUUAUUUUAAAAACAUCAAUUCUUAAACAUAUACGAUCGUAAAGCAAGGUCAUCGUUUUCAAUUUGAUGCGUUUUCGACCAAGGAACAUUUCAAGUGUACCAGAUCGGUGAAGAUCGCGCGGCCUUUUGCGGUAUAACUACAGGUCGGAGUCACAAAUCAAAUCAAAGUUGAACGAACUCAUGCCUUUAACCACUUUCCAAGUGUCGUGUAUUCUUUUCGUAAGCCACACACUGCUCCUAGAACCAUACCAGAUCGAUCGGCUAAGCUUCUCUGUCUCCAAAGACUCUUGAGAACGUCCUGUUGCCGGACGGCCACGAUGCUCUUCUGAACCUCCAUGAUCAAAACAUUAUUUUUUGCGUCUUCUUAAAACUUAACCGGUGAAACAACACAACCACUCGUUAUUCACCACUACCGAAGUAUAACUAGGCCAGACAAAGCGACGGAUGUCGGAACAGAACGAAGGAUUUUCAAUGAUUGUACCAGUAAUGGCGAUUUCGAAUUUAGUGUUGACCCGACAAAUUUAUUCUGAAGAGUCAAAGGCGCGCAUGCGCAUAACCGUGCUCUAUUGCCUUUAACAAAAUGUUUACUGAAACCUAAUACACGACAUAUUAAAUGGGAUCAAGUCGGAUUAGCUGCCUGCGAAGAAAACAUCUCUGCGUGGGAUUGUACUUCCAGUAAAAGCCAUUUGUGUCCCCUCAUGUUGCGACUGGAGAGCUUAAUCCCCUACCCCUUUACCCCACAAAGUGUGUUCAUAUUCUUGUCUUCACUAAGGGGUUGAUAGCAUUAAAUUUAGUUUUAGAUGUCGAAAAGGUUAAAAAGGGUGGCCUUGCAAGAACUCAUAAAAAAUCAUUGGAAGUUAUCAAUAGCGCCUCUGAAAACUUAGAUCUGAUCGACGCCUGGAGAGUUUUAAAUCCUGACUCUUCCAGAUUUACAUGGAGACAAAAGAAGGCUGACAUCCAAUUUAGACUUGAUUUCUUUCUAAUUAAUCAAUGCACUUUCUGUAAUAUUAUUAACGCAGAGAUAUUAGCAGGCUACAAAACAGAUCAUUCUAUGAUCACCUUACAAAUUUCUUUACACUCUAACACUAGAGGCCGAGGUUUUUGGAAACUAAACACCUCCUUCUUAUCUGAAACAGAAUAUGUCAACCAGAUUAAGUCAACCAUAGCACAGACUAUUGAUGAAUAUUCUCAAGAUAACACUGUUGACUAUGGCCUUUUAUGGGAGAUGGUUUAAAUGAAAGUGAGAGAAGUAUAUAUUAAAUAUGGAACAACUAGCAAGAGAAAUCUAAGAAAAGAGCAAGAGGAAAUUGAGAUAUCAAUAACAACCUUAGAAGAACAGCUUACCCACUCUGAUGUCAAUGACAAACAAAAGAAACAAAUAUGGUGCGAUAUUGAAGGGGAAAAACGUGAGCUAGAGACAAUAAUUGAAUACCAGACCAAAUGAGCGAUUUUACGAUCGAAGUCUCGGUGGUACAAUGAAGGCGAAAAAAACACUAAGUAUUUCCUCAACCUCGAGAAGAGACACCAUAAACAAGCAACAUUAACACAGUUUAAGGUUAGUGAAGAUGAUUUUAUUUCUACAGACAAAGAGAUCUUACUUGAGUGUGAAAAUUUUAUUAAAAAUCUUCAUACCUGUAAAGUAGAUACCAAUAAGAAUACAGAUGCUUUCCUCCCGCCCCUAGAAGAACAGCAACGAUUGAGCCAAGAAGAACAAUCCCUUUGCGAAGGACCUCUAAGCAAAAAGGAAUGUCUAGAAGCAUUAAAAAGCAUGGCCUCUGAAAAAAAACCAGGUGGCCUCCCUUGCAAAUUCUACAAGGUUUUCUGGAAUGAUUUAGCCGGAAUACAACUAAAUGCGCUCAAUUUUUCUUUCGAGACUGGACAACUUUCAAUAUCACAAAGACGUGGCAUUGUCAAGCUUAUUCCAAAGAAAGAUGCCGAGCUCAUUCUCAUUAAGAAUUGGUGACCAUUAACGCUGUUUAAUUGUGAUUACAAGAUUGCAUCAAAAGCCAUUUCAAGUCCUAUUAAAACUUUUCUUCCAAUUAAAGCUCAUUUCAAAUGAUCAAACUGGCUUUCUUAAAGGCAGGUGUAUCAGUGAGAAUAUUUGUUUGUUGGACAGUGUCAUCAAAUCUACAGAAGCAAAUAUACAGAAACAUCCCGGGCCUUCUUCUUUUUAUUGAUUUUGAGAAAGCUUUUGAUACACUACAGUGGUUUUUUAUCAGUAAAACUCUCCAGCACUUCGGUUUUGGGCCCUCACUGUUAAAUUGGAUUGAACUUUUUUGCUGCAAUAUUGAAAGCUGUAUCCUAAAUGAUGGAUGGGCAUGUAACGUUUUUAAACUUAGUCGAGGAGUUAGGCCAGGCUGUCCUUUGUCGCCAUAUCUAUUUAUUCUAUUUGCAGAAAUACUUGCUGACGCCAUUCGGAAAAAAACAAACAGAGGAUUAAAGGCAUAGAAAUAAACGGCACUGAUUUCAAGUUGUCAAUAUGCCGAUGACAAUCCUGGACGGCUCCGAAGAAUCCUUUUUAAGAAUCUGUAAUUUUAAUAGAAACCUUUGGUAACAUAUCUUUCCUCAGACUCAAUCUUAAAAAGAACGAAGAUCUGUGGAUAGGCUCUAAAAAAGAUUGCGACCUUAAACUUCUUCCAGAAAAAGACUUCAAAUGGCCAAAGAAAAAGUCAAGGCGCUUGGGGUUUGGCUCUCAACGGACCCAAAUAUAAUAAUAUUCUUAAAUUACAACGAAAAAAUUGAAAAAAAUUAGAUCAAUCCUAGAAUGCUGGAAAUUUCGCGGACUCACAUUUUUAGGGAAAAUAGCAGUUUUGAAGAGCCUGGUGGCAUCUCAGUUGUUCUACAUAUUCUCACCUCUGCAAACUAACCACGAAGCGAUCAAAGAAAUCAACACAAUUUUCUAUAAGUUUCUAUGGAAUGAUAAAGGAGACAAAAUCAAACAAAAGAUAAUGAUUAAUAACUAUUCAGAAGGAGGACUAAAAAUGAUCGACAUUGCUUCUUUUAACAAAUCCCUUAAAACCACAUGGAUCCAGAAAUAUCUGGAGCCUGAAAGUCGCAGUAAAUGGAAGCGACUCUGAACUUGAAAGAAAUGGAGGCGAAGCGAUAUUAAAAGGAAAUCUCAACAAAAAAGAUGUUAACAACUUAAAAAUAUCAGACUCCUUUGUGAAAGAAAUAAUUGUAAUUUGGUCAGAAGUUUUUUUUUUUUUUUCCAGGAAACGAUAGUAUCUGAAGACCAUCUUUUGCCGUCACCUUUGUGGCAAAGCUCUCUGAUAAGAAUUCCGAAUAAGCCUGGCUUCUUAAGGGUAUUAUGCAAGUUAAACAUUUAGUGGAUGAAUCCUCCAAUUUCUUUUCCCUUGCUGCUUUUCAGAUUAAAUAUAACGUGCAAGUUCGACCUCUAACCUUCUUUGGAUUAAUCUAAGCAGUUAAACGUCUACGAAGACAAAACACCAAAACCCAAUCUAAGUAUGAAAAUCGCUUUUCAAAAUUUCUUAUGCGUCAAAAGCCAUCUAAAUUUAUUUACCAAGAAAUUGUGUCAAAAAGCUGUGAAAGGCCAUUUUCCUGUCAAGAAAAGUGGCGCAAAGACAUCAAUCUUCUGCCAAAGGAAAUUAUUAAUUGGAAAUUCGCUUAUCAGACAUCCUUUCAAUGCACAAAGAGCAGUAAACUUAUCACUUUCUACUUCAAACUGUUACAUCGCAGGUUACCAACUAACUGUUUCUUAAAAAAAAGUUGGACUUAAGGAUGAUGACAAGUGCACUUUUUGUAAUAAGAAAACAGAAAACUUCAUGCACCUAUUUUGGAGAUGCGAAAAAAAACAAAAUUUUGGGGUAGUCUUUUUAAGUGGAUGCAGUCUUCCAAACUUUCGAUGGGUGAACACAAUUACUUACACAUAAAUACGGCUUUGGGUCUGAGGCCAGAUAGAUCUAAACACAAACUCCAAAUCAAUUUUUGUUGCUUAAUUGCCAAGCACUAUAUCUGGCUUUGUCGCUUAAAAGAACAUCCCCCUAAUUUAAACAACUUUUUGCUUUAUUUGAAACACAUUUAUCAAAUAGAAAACAAUGCCUCUACUGUCAGAAAUAAAUGGGAACCCUUCUUGCCUAUGAUAAGCCUUUUGACCUGAGCUGAGUCUCCAAAACUCAAUUAAAUAUAAAUAUCUUCUCUACAUCUUUUUUUUGUUUUGACUGUGCCCUUUUACCCAAGGAAAAAAACAAAGGAAACGAAAGAGCAGGGAGAGAAAAAGGAAAAACGGACAAGAUGCAUUAACUUUGCUUUUAGCCUGCUGCUCCCCUCUCAAUUGAUGCUUUGUUUGCUUUUGGGUGUGUGUGUUUUUAUUUUUUUUAUUUUGUCACUUUUUACUUGUAUUUAAUUUGUUUUUGUUGUUGUUAAAAUAAAUAAAAUUUAAAAAACAAAACAAAACAAAACAAAAGAAAAAAGAAAAAAAGAUAUCUCACUACUAUAUAGUUUAUCACAAAAGUCUGUCAAGGCCUCCACUUGCUCAAAGCAGAAUAAUCGCGCUGACAUUUUGAAACUGCGAGUCUAUCGCAGCAAUGCGGCCACACGAUUGCAACUGUUGUGAAGACUUCGUCCAGUUGAGGCAUAGUCAAGUCGUCAAAGAACUCUUUUUGUCUCGGUUUGUCCGUUUUUCCAUCGGCCGUUUUUAUACUAAGGACGCAUUAUCCGCCUGGACGAACUUGGGCAAACAUUUCUGUAGUUUGUCUGUUCAUGCCUCUUUAGCAUAAAGACGGGCAAAAGACACAUUUUGCUUCCACAGGAAACACCUUUCGUAGUGCGUCUUUCGAUUCAAGAAGUAUUUCAAAGGAAAGUUCCUCCAGACGCAUAAUGCGUCUUGUGCCCAUCCGGAUUUUAGACGUAUAAGCAGACGAACAAUAAAAUGUUUUCCCAAGUUGGUAAAGACAGAUAAUGCGUCCUCUAGUAUUAAAACGGCCAAUCGUUAGUUAUCACAUUCCCUUGCUAUGAGAUUCGCUUUUGAGACUCCUCAAUGGCACUUAUCGUGACAUGUCGCCUCGUUGGUAUUAUCCGAUUAAUCCGCCUUUAUUGUCGCACCAUUCAAAAAAAAUAUCGUGUCUCGUCUGCUUUAUUUGUUGCUAUUUUCCAGGGGCUACUAGAAAUCUAAUGUAUAUAGGAAGCACUAUCAAGGUUUAGCAUGCUUAAAUUGAGAUACAUACAGUCACUUAAUGAGUUUACGACCACCAUGGAUGAAUUAGGAAAAACUGUUACUUACUGUUAAUGUUAAAAUGGAAAUAGAGUGGAUUCCACGAAAAUAUCAGCAACAGAAACUCAAGGGACGAACUUUCAUUAUAAAGGUAAUUUACUUUAGUAUGCGAACUUCAUGAUGCGGUGGAACGACUUUACUUCUUUGCAGCGAAUCGAUUUCAUUUAUAUUAUGCAGCGAAUUUUAGCGAAACGACUGUACACCACUUAGAAAUCCAGCAGCUAGUGUCGAUUUCUUCUUCUUUUUCUUAUUACUUUCGCAACUGCAAAAGUUGCGUCUAUAACUGCGAUGAUAUACUUUCAUAUAAUUCUUCACGCCGCACUUCACAUAUAUGAAUUUCAUAUAUUCAUAACUGCAUCAUCAUCCUUUCACGGGUAUAUAACGAACCAAUUCAACGAUCUGCUUCCUGUUGGCUUGUUGACUCACCUUGUAGUAAGAGCGCUGCACUGGUAUCGCAGGGGUAAAGGGUCCGAAUCCCGUACAAUCCUGAAUUGUUUUUUCGAGCUUUUUUUUUUUCGGAACUGCAAAAGUUGCGUCUAUAACUGCGAUGAUUUACUUUCACAUAAUUCUUCACCCCGCAGUUCACAUAUAUGAUCUAUUCAGAACUUCAAAAGUGAGCUAUCUUCGCACUAUGUGUAAUUAGGAUCCCUACAUGAAAAUCUAUUCUCGCAGUCUAUCCGCUAAUACGCACUCCAGAAUUUAUCGCUUGAUAUAAUUUUGAAAAAAGUUAUUAAUAACGCUGGUCGCACUACAUUUAUUUAGAACCAUUGACAUCGUGUUUUGGUCUAUAAAGUUACCGCUUAGUUGAGCGGGAAAAAAUUUGUUCUCCCAACAGGAGUCGACCUUCUGGUGACUUUUCCAGAUGCUCUACCACAUUAGAGACUCGCAGCGUUAAAAACAUUAGACUGGGUUCAUAUAGGAGCCUGGUUUAUUUGAAAAGGUUCUUUCAGGCCAGAGGUCCACCUCUUAAUUUACGUUUUGGAAGGAGGGAAAGGGGACACGGGGUUCAAACCUCCCGCCUACCGUACCGUGCAUAGCUUUGCAUAUUCGGCUUUCUCCCCUUUUUUCUUAACUUCUUCCCGCUAGCCUUCCUUCGAUGGCGAAAUAUUAAGCAUUGUUGAGUAACUUUCAACUAUUUUUUUUGCCUCUCUUUCUUUGAAUUUCUCGAGACAUUCUGCAGCGAUGUAUCGUCAAGCAUGCCCCCCUCAUUUCAAAGAAGGUUAAAGGCCGAUUAUGUCCUUGGUUGACUCCGGACGUCAAAAAAGAGAUUAAUGUAAGGGAUGGUUUGUUCAGGAAAGCCCGCAGGAAGAAUCAAGAAAACGAUUGGUCUUCUUAUAAACGGCAACGCAACCGAGUCUCUAGGCUUGUUAAAAAAUGUAAAAGCAGAUAUAAUGGAGAUCUCCUUAAAGAUUGUGCUGACUCUCCUGUUAAAUUUUGGUCAGCCAUAAAAAGCUCUAUGCUACCAAGUUACCUUCUGAACAAGGUUCUGCGUUUAUGAGAAAUGGAUCAAAGUCAACUGAAAAAAGCUUCAUUGCAAACAGCUUUAAUUUGUAAAUGUUUUAGCACCAUUGGUAGAAAUCUGAAAAGCAAAUCAAUCGUUUUUCUUGACUUUAUUUGGAGCAAACCUCCGAAGAAAAUCUUCCCAAUCAAGUUACGGAAAGUCAGUUCACUUUUAAAGCUGUGAAAGAAUCAGAAAUUCUUAAAGAGCUGAAAAAUCUUAAGCGGAAAAAGGUGUGUGGGCUGGAUAAUUUCCCCCCGCGAUUGCUCAAAGACGCUGCUCCUGUUUUGACUAUUAGCCUUUUGCAUUUAUUAUCAAUUUAUCUCUUGAAACUGGAGUUGUGCCUAGUGAGUGGAAAGUGGAAAAGGUGAUUCCCCUCUUCAAAUCUGGCUCUCUGGCAGAGAUAGACGAUUACAGACCUAUCUCAAUUCUCCCUUCUUUGUAAAAAAUGUUGGAGAAAAUAGUAUGCAAGCAGCUAAUGACCCACCUGGAGCGUCUUAGUCUACUUUUUGAGUACUAGUUUGGUUUCCGUCCGAAUCGCUCAACGGAACAAGCUGUUACUUAUUUCACAGAUCUCAUCAGAAAGGAGGCCGACAGUCUUAAGGCAACAGGAACAGUUUUCAUUGGCUUCUCAAAGGGGUUUGAUACCAUCGGUCAUUCCGUUUUAUUAAGAAAACGGUCCCGUUAUGGCGUAUAUGAUAUGGAAGUACAAUCGUUUACUCAUAAUUUAUUCCUUCGCAAGCAGAUCGCUCAAUUUAGUGGUGUGCUUUCUGAACCAAAUCCUGUUUACACAGAAGUUCCUCAAGGAAUUAUCCUGGGGCCUCUCCUUUUUCUCAUCUUCUUUAAUGAUGUGCAUAGUCCCCUUCGUCAUCGUAAGAUUAUCACCUAUGCUGAUGAUACUGUAAUUUUCUCGUCCUCGAAUAAUUUCGAUGUGAUACAAGGCCAUCUUUCUCAGGACUUGGGUUAUCUCUCUAAAUGGUUUCGUGAUAAUGAACUUUUUUUUUAAUCUAAAGAAGGGAAAGACUGAGGUGAUGCAUUUUGGCACCAGGAAACGGUCGAAUCUAUUGCAUGACCGUCAAGUAAACCUCUCGGUCAAUGUUUCUCCUGUUAACGCCUCUACAUGUUAUAAGUACCUUGGCGUCCAUCUGGACCGGACGCUUAAUCUUAAUACACAUUUUCACAAAAUUUACAAGAAGGCAGCAGGAAGAGUGAACCUGUUACGGCGCAUCCCUUCCAGCAUUGAUACUUUUAUUGCCCAACAAAUUCACCAAUUGGCGAUUAUAUCAAAUUUACGUAUUGCGGCUAUAAUAACCCCAGAUGGUCUGAGUCCCGCAAACGCAUGAUCAGCUCCAUUUAGAAACGAAGCCUCGAAGUCAUUACCCCGAAAUGCAGUCCAAAGAACUGCGAUCUUCGAUUUUUAACAAUUGACAACUCUUUGCAAAAGAAAACGUGCUGCUUUGUUUUGACUGGCACAAUGGAACUACAUUACUUUCAACGAUUUCACCAUAAUUCUUUGUACACUAGAAACAAUGGGAAAGCAGCAAAACUACCGAGGUGAAACUGGAUUUUGCGCGCCGUAGUUUUUAUUUCUUAGGUGCCUCGCUUUUUAAUUCACUGCCAUUAAAGGGACACAGUCAGCUUAUGCACAUGCGCAUUAGAUACCAUUUCUUAGCUGAUUUGCAUGUCACAAGACACUCGCGUGAAACAGAAAGAGAGAAGCGUAUCCGGAAUACUCAAAACAAACCUUGUAGAGUUGAACUAGUUACAAGCCCAAAUCGUGAUUAUAGACCCUAAGCCACAUCAGAGCACACAUUUUUUAAUAUACCAUUAAAAAUUCACUGAUGGAUUUGUCCAGGAAAAGCCAAACAUCGAUGAAUACUCCUGAAUUCGAUCAUCAGUAGAGGUGAGAAAUGACACGGAGUCGGCAUGAAUCAUUGUGGAAGGUUCAAGGUCGAGAAAGUUUGAUUUUCCAAGCAUGUGAAACCUUUUCCAUCGAUUUUUCAAAUACAUAUAACGAUUAUUUUCUCGCCAAGGUUAUUGAUUCAUUUCUUUUGUUAUUUUGGUAAACGAAAGCGAUUUGUCCCGCCCGGCGCCUACGCGUUUCUCACCACUUCUGUUCAUGUUCCUUUGGAUACUGUUUUUAACCAAAUAAGAGAGUUUUCUGUAAAAGAUCGAGAAUCGAAUGAAACACUAGGCAAGAUUGAGGCGGAUUUCUAGAUGAAGCCAACGCUUUCAUUUGAUUUCGGGUUGAAGUAAACUCUUUUCAAACUAACAAAAGUAGUGUCCAGGUCAGCGCGGUCCCAUAGCUGACUGUGUCCCUUUAAGUUUAGGAAACAUUAAUUCUAAAGUUUUAUUUAGGAAAACCUUGGGCGAUUUUUACUUUUAACUUAUAUUGUAGUUUUUAAACGUUUUUUUUUACUUAGUGCAUGUUUGCUUUCUAUAUAUUUUGUUUGUUCUUUAGUACUUCUUAUUACCUGUAAUUUUUUCAUUGUACUUUUUAACCGUUUUUAACUUAGUGCAUGAUUUCUUUUAUGUAUUUUUGUUUAUUCUUAGAAUUAAAAACCCGGCUCCUAAAACAUGUCAGUCUCUCGCACUGAUUGGUAAUUUAAUGCCCCUUCUUACUUGAAAAGUAAAAUCUCACCUCAAAAAGAAAUUCUUGAAUAUCGUGAGCUUCCCUUUGAUAGAAACGUCUGUCUUAACAAAAGUGAAGCUUUCCUCAUUAGUCUGGAAAAUAAGGCAUUUUAAGGGACAAUUUUUAGUGUUGGCGUCACCGAUUGCAAAGUCAUUUCCCCAGUUCACCCCAUUUAUCGUUGGAACUUGCAUGCAAACAGCAUAAACAAACUGCAUAGCGGUGCGAAAACACAUCAAAGUGUACAACAACCCCCCGCCUGGAAUUUGACCAGUCUACCCCAACCCAAUGCGUACCAGAUGAUAGCCCUAUGUCUGUCCAACAACAUGACACCCAGCUAGUCACAAACCCCCUCAAUUUGAGGGAGACACUGAGCUUUGAAAGACAGGGGUAAGCCCUGGUACAAAAACUCAGAAAAUCCGCACCCUAGCACAAAGCAUAGUCUUUAGAACAAACCCACCCCACUGAAAUUUAACCAGGUUACCCCAAAGGCAUACCAGAUGAUAGCCCUUUGUCUGUGCAACAACAUGACACCAAGCCAGACACAAACUCUUCUCAAUUUGAGGGAGACACUGAGCUAUCUAUAAAUAUAGUUUUUUUUUUUCAGUUUUUAGUUAUCCACACCCCGUUGAUAACAGUACUUGGCACUGAACGGUCAUCCUUUGUAAAUAUUCGAUUAUUAUUAUUAUUAUUAUUAUUAUUAUUAUUAUUAUUCUCUCCCGCCUUCUGCACUCCUUCUGCCCCUUUUCUCCCGUUUUCCAACUGUAAUUUACAAGGCAAAAAUACCGGAAUCAAAAAUCCAAGUAAAUCACUUAAGAGCCCAUGACUGUAAAUAUCGAGAAUCGCUGGCCAGGCUAAAAAAAUCGAAAAUUCUGAUAAUUUGUCAGAAAAACCCCUUUGGGGAACUAUCUUCGAAAAAAAUAUUUUCAACUUUCAAGAACCUAUAGUUUUCGACAAAAUGAGGAAAAACGAAAAUAGCGGUUUUUACCUAGUUAAUUAUGCAAAAAUUAGAGUAAAAAUGACCUACUUUAUCGCGUCUGUACCGAGGCAAGAUUCAAAGCUAUAAAUCAGAAAUAUUAAUAUUUAAGAGCAUUCUAUGUUUUCUUUCUAUCCAUGGUAUGUUUUAAACCAUAAACUUGAUUUUGAAUUUUUAACGGUUUUUUGAAAACUACCACUAAGCGCACUUUUUAAAAUGGCUAAAAAAUGAGCAACUUCAGAGGCAAAAACCUAGCCUUGGCAUCUGUGAUACCUAGCCAAAAUGUAUACUAGGACAAAGUUCAGCUCUUAUAUUAACAGAAUAUGAAAUAAAAAAUCUGGGUACUCCGGAUUCGCCUUUACAAAAUAAAAAGUUUCGUGACCACCAGUGGAAAAAUGUCACAAAUUUGCAUAAGUCAAAUUUGUAGAGAAAUGAUGCCGCUUGAUUUUUCUUUGUAGUUUCGGUACGUGGUAUAUUCGAAACGUAGGAGAAAGGAUGAAAGCGCCUUUAAAUGAAGCUAAAAUUAAGUCAAGGAUCUGAAAAAUUGAUAUCCCUGAUAACAAAUUACUGUGAAUGUUGGUGACACAAUGUGAUAAAUUUGCAUAUAAAUGCAUCUGCAUAUUUCCUAUCGUACACAAGGACGGGUUUCAAUACUGUUAGCAUCACGCAAUAUUUGGGGCUUGAAAUAGCAUAACCAGGAGAAUAGCUAAUGUUAAAUGUUUUGUAAUUCGUAUCUUAGCUCUUCUUAAUUGUACAUUGCAAAAUGAAGGUUGCUCAGCAAUUGUUGUUGGGUGUUGGAGUACUGUAUUCCGCAAUUGCGUGACCGUUGUCAAACUCAUCACCGUCAGACUUUAUUUUUACUGGUACGAUGAAAAAACUGUGAGCUUAUGAAGUGUGUAAAGAAAUAUUAUUCAUGUCAGAUGACUUUACUUUAUUCACCUGAAUGAAUUUCGCGGUCACGCAUCUUUCUUGGAGUGGGCACAUGCUUCUAUGGUACCGAUAGUUCAUUCGUCAAGGUAUUUUAGGAGAUGUGCCAUUAAUAACAUUGUACAUCAGACCCUAUGAGUUUUCAAUCAAUAAAAAUCCGAAAUAGUUAAUUUUCUCAGUAGUUUUUCAAAGUUAUAUUAUGGUGAAAUUGCGACGUCUCGCAUAUUAAAAAUAACGUAAGUAAAGACAAGAUUAAAGUAAUCAUUGCAGCCUUUUCGCUCCUCUCUUUUCUGAAAUUCUUCCACCUCCUCUUUCUGCCUCUUCACUGUUCGUGCGUUGAACACUUUCAAGUCCAGACACGAUUUCGAACACCCUAAGAUGGUCAAAGAUCGCCAAGUGGACCGACCCGUAAUUGUUGGAUUGAUUAAUUGAAAUCUUCGUUGAAAGGACCCUCAAGAAUCCUUGCAAUUGUCCUCUCAAUAGAAAAAGUAAAUUAGAUGGAGGGAGUACUGCCGACACUGGGGUCGUUUUGGUGUUUUUUAACAAUUAAUAUCCUUCAUGAACCCAUUUAGCUUUCCAUUUAUUCACCAAGGUUAUAAACUGAUCAGAAUCAACAAGGAUAGAUCUUUCCACUGGUACCUCAUUUAGCAAGUUUUCACCUAUCUUCAUUUAUCUUGAGAGAGUUACACUCACAAAAAAAGCAACAUUUGGGGUAAAAAAAAUUUACUUCCAGAUUUUCUAUUCACCUUCUAUUCUCUACUGAUUAAUUAAAUGUCCCUUUCCUGAAAAGUUUGCCAGCCAAAAUUCUUUGGAAAGCAAAGACAGUCAGAAGACGAUCAAGUGCCGGGGCAACAGAAGAAGAAAGGCAAAGGGAAAAAAGAGAGCGGGAGAGAAAGAUCGAUAUAGGUUCCUAAGAGAUGUCCAAAUUUUGGCUUCUGUGAAUGCGCCAAAAAAGCUUCUAAAUUAGUGUACGUCCAAUUGAGCAGUCUUGUGUUGCAAAUCUUUUUCAGCCAUUCGCAUAUCAAGCUAACAGGCUAGCCUGCAUAACAGGUGUACGUUUUUCAGGCGAGCGAAGGCAAUUAAGCCCGAAGCCGGAGCGAAUGCAAGCGCGAAGCGAGUGAGGAGAGCCAUUAAGGGGUAUGUCUGGGGCGGGAUGCCAAAAAGCAAUGGCAUGUGGACAGGCCGUUGUUUUUUCUGCGUCCUCCCCAUCGCGCUUGUCUGGCGCUUCUCACUCACUUCGUGAUUGCCUUCGCUCUCCUGCAAAAACGCGAAAAAAAUAACGCCUGUUAUGCAGGCUACUAACUGGUUGAAAGGCGGUCCAAAAGGGAGGAUUUGGUCAAAAGGCAGGGUUUUCUUCUACUAAAAUUGGCCGUCAAAAAAGAGUUAAAGCGGCUAUGCCAAGCUCAUUUUAAAAAGCUAAUAUGGUCUUCAUUUCGCAUCAAUUUAGUUCCAAAAAUUAUGGUCCAGUUUUGUCAUGUAAGACUAUAUUUAGGCACUGAAACUGUUUCCUGUCGCGUUCUGUUACUACUGAUGGCCAGGAUGGACAUGGACUGAAAAUUGGAAAAAUUGGGCCAUCUUUUCAAGUUUAAAUACAUCACCCAAAAAGAUAUUUUUGGCUAGUGCUCCCUGAUAAAAUGAUACUUACAAGUCUUCACUGAACAUUUUUUGACUGGGUAAGGGCAGUAAGUAAUGACUUUAGCACAGAAUUAACCUAAAACAGCAAACAUACUGAUUUGGGGUCUUCUUGACAAGAACUGUCACAGGGAGGCCAGAUCCCCCGCUUCACACAUUGACAAUCUGUAACCAGCUGUUGUCAUGUUUCGUUCCUACGGAUAUAUAAUAUUAGAUACCGUCCAAACUUAAGGACACUAUAAUUAGAGGGCGUGCUGCUAAGAGGGAAAUAUUUAAAUAUUGGAUUUUUUUUGGCCUGGUAUCACAAAUGGCUAGAUCUAAAAUUUUCAUGGUCAAAAUUCCAAACUAGGGAAAAAAUGUUUUUCCGUAAUUUUUUUGGUAACGGCACACGUUAUUCAGCAAUUAAAUAGCCCCCACCCCCUCGCAUAUGCCAUAGCUAAACACCAAUUUAAGAGCAGACUCCUUGUUCACAGUUUUAUCGCAAAACUCUUCUUUCCCUUUGUCUGAAGUUCUUUCCUUCUUUACUUUGGGAAACGGUUAGGCAUAAAUGAAACCGCCGAUACCACUUACUUACCUCGCUAUGUUAUUUAGCUCCUUGGUAGCUAUCAACUACCCUGCGAUCAGAGGCCCUUCGAUCUUCCCAGAUAAGUCGGGAAGAGGAAGAGAAGGGUAACUAUCAACUGAACAGUGAUUCGAUCGGACGUUCCGGUGUGAAGGCACGAGCUGGGACAUUGCGGGUACUGACGUUAAUACUCCUGAGCAAAAGGCAGGUAUUUCUUUGAACAAAACUCGGGUCUGCUGCAAACUGAAAAACGUAGUCAAGUUACGCUUUUACUCUGCGUCGCCUCACUGCCCGGUUAGUAAAUGGUACUUACGUCGAUAUAAGUUCGCUGCCGCAUACUGCGAUAGGCCAGGGGCGUCAAGGAUGACCUUUCUGAAUUCUCUUUUCACGAUGAUGCUACGUUUUGCAAACACUCGACAUUGGUGUGAAUUGGUUAAAGUAGCUCAAAAGUGGUGAACAAGGAGUCUUAUCUUCCAUGGACAAGUCCUAUACGCAUCGUCGUGAAAGGUGAUUUACUCUGUUGGAGUACAGUUGAACCUCCAUGUGCGACCACCUAUCCAAAACACCAAAACCCACCCAGUUAAGUCUUUCAGUUGGAAUCUCUCCUGUAAGCGCCCGCGACCACUAAUUGGGGCUGUUUUUAACCUCUUGUAAGCGACCACCUGACGAGUUUCUGAUCUCUUGUGGUAGGAACAACAACAACAUGGAACUGCACAUAUCGUAACUUGGAAAUUGCACGCAAUAAAUUAUCUUCCUUAAAGUAGAUGUGUCCAGUUUUCUUCUCAAAAAAACCUCCUGUGGUUCGAUUCUCGUAAGAGACCACCUCCUGUUAGCGACCACUAAGUCUCCGCAUUUUGGGUGGUCGCUUUCGGGAGGUUCGACUGCAGUCUCCUUUUCCAGUUCUUCGGCGGUGUCGGUUGGAACUUGUUUUGGUUCAUAAAAUUUCAUAAGGAGAAACAAAUCAGUGAAAGAAGGCAGAGCUGCUCGAGACGUCGUUGCGUGACGUUGUUGCUCCAACUGUUAGUUUAUGACUUCCUCUCACGCAGUGUAUCCCGUUCGCAAAUAAAAUUUCAAGGAAAAUGUACCUACCUAUUUUAGACAUACCGGAGGCGAAUUUACGAUAAUACAGAUGGAUGCUAAUACAAGGAAGUUAGGAAACGAAACGAGAGACAUGGGAUAUAGUUUACAUAAUAAUUCGGCGCUUUUAUAUAACGCUUCUUCGAGGUCGGUUUUUUAUCAUUAUUUUUUUGGGAACGGUUAAUUACUCUGAUAUUUUAACAUAAACUUUAUCAAAAAACGUUUUCUUACUUCGUGAUGUUUCCGAACAUUCCAUACUGACCCUGAAUUGAAACAAAACCGGCUGCCGCAACAUUUCUCUACAAAUUUGUGACAUUUUUCCACUGGUGGUCACGAAACUUUUUAUUUUGUAAGAGCGAAUCCCGAAUACCCAGAUUUUUUAUUUCAUAUUCUGUAAAUAUAAGAGCUGGACUUUGUCCUGGUAUAAAUUUUGGCUAGGUAUCACACAUACCAAGGUGAGUUUUUUGCCUCUGAAGCUGCUAAUUUUUUAUCCAUUUUAAAAAGUGCCAUUGAUGGUAGUUUUUAAAAACCAUAAAAAAUUCAAAAUCAAGUUUAUGGUUUAAAACAUACCAUGGAUAGAAAGAAAAGAUAGAAUGCUUUUAAACAAAAAUACUUCUGAUUUAUAGCUUUGAAUCUUGCUUCGGUAUAGAGGCGAUAAAGUAGGUCAUUUUUACUCUAAUUUUAGCAUAAUUAAUUAGGUAAAAACCGCUAUUUUCGUUUUUCCUCAUUUUGUCGAAAACUAUAGGUUCUUGAAAGUUGAAAAUAUUUUUUUCGAAGAUAGUUCCCCAAAGGGGUUUUUCUGACAAAUUAUCAGAAUUUCGAUUUGUUUAGCCUGGCCAGCGAUUCUCGAUAUUUACAGUCAUGGGCUCUUAAUACGGUGCGCGACAUAAAACGAACUCGACGUAACAUGAACAGAUUUAUUAAACCAGAGAUCAAUUUUUCUAGCACAGAGGUCACAACUUGAUACAGAAGAAUCGACGGGGUCGAUUGACGCGACAAAAGGUCUUUAAGUUUUGAAGGACGCAAAAUCGGUAGAAAGUCGUACAAAGUCGGUUCGAACUGAAAACGAUAACAUCGAACGGCAAACGUAUUUAGCUUAGAUUAUAGCGGAGCUCUGGCGCGCGAAACGCGCCUGCGGAGCACCAUGGGUAAGUAAAUCUACCCAUCCCAAAAAAUUUGGUAAUCACGUGACCGUACACCGCCCGCCCGUCCGUCCGCACCAACUAGCGUUUAAUCCUCACACUUUCUAGCCAGUAUGGGAGCACAGGAAGACGGAUAUUGCACAUCAAUAUUGUGAUCAAUAGACAGCUGUCAAAAAGGGGAUCCGCUGACCAGUAUCACCUGACCGUAUCGCGGGCUCAGGUGUCGACCCAUCGAGGUCGAAUAUCGUUUUGAAGUUAUACGCUGACAAGUUACUAGUUUUCAAAUGAUCGUAGGCUCAAGUUAAUUUUUUUUUAAUUCAUAUGAAAUAUGUUGUGUUUUGUAUGUGCCGCACAAUUAAAAUGUUGAUUUCCAACUGACCUCGGAAGCUAAAAUUCAGCCAGUUUUUACAGGCAGGGAAGACAUGCCACUUGCUUUUGAUUUUUCUCAGCAAGGUCACGCGUUGGUCACGAGCUACGUCCAAUUUUUAUGCUCUGAUUGGUCAAAAUUUCACAGGUGAGUUGAUGCGGAAAAUUUAUGCAGCAUCUUGAAACUUGUUUACUUUGCUGAAGCUGACAGUGUUUUGUGUCAACUUGUGAUGUUUUUAACUAUCUUUUUCCACUGAAUGUACAAAAUAAAAUUUAGCUGCUAUCAAGAGUCUUCUGUUAUUCAUGGCUAGUUUGUCUAUCGGGUUUUUGGUUGAGAAGUACGUCGCUUGUCAAAGUUGGAAAUCCGAUUUCGGAUGGCAUCGUUUUCGUUUUUCACCUUGCUUGAUGCGUAAGAGGUUUGAAAAGUCUGAAGCGAUUCUGACCUUACUUGAUAGUUUCAGUGCAUCUCGAAUGGUAAGCCUGAGUAAUUAUUGUAUUUGACGUUUGUUUUUAAUAUCUAAUUCAAUGAAGUCGAGCGUAGUUUAUGCGGCUAUUUAGUUUAUGCACGUUUUUAAUUGUAAGAUUUGAGACAAUGAUCUGACCGAGUAUCAGGUUUGAUUAUAAGCUUAUAGAACUUUAAAAAGCCUUUAGACAUUUUCCACUUAUGUCCAGAAAUGCAUGCAAUGGCGAAAAUGGCGAAACUGGCGAAAAAUCGCCAGCCGCUGGCGAUUUGAAUUGGAUGCCAAAAGUGGCCCCUUGGAGGCUGGCGAUUUUGGCGAAAAUGGCGAUUUUGGCGAAAAUGGCGAUUUUGGCAAAAAUCGCCAGAGGGCUGGCGAUAGUAGCGAUAAAUGUCCCAGACCCUUGGAGACUGGCAAUUUUGGCGAAAAUGGCGAUUGUAGCAAAAUUGGCAAUUUUGUCAAAAAUCGCCAGAAAUGCAUGCAAUGGAGAAAAUGGCAAAAAAACUGCCAGCCGCUGGCGAUUUGAAUUGGAUGCCAAAAGUGUCCCCUUGGAGGCUGGCGAUUUUGGCGAAAAUGGCGAUUUUGGCGAAAAUGGCGAUUUUGGCAAAAAUCGCCAGAGGGCUGGCGAUAUGUGGCAAAAUAUUCAAAUUGGAUGCCAAAAGUGGCCCCUUCAAAGUAGAUAACUAAAGAGGUCCUUAUAACUGUGAGGCAACAGUACUAAAAAAAGUUCAAAUUACUUGCCUAAUAAGAGGCCCCAAUAACUGUGAGGCAACAUUUAUCAAAUACAACUGAAUCAAAUAUAUGACAAAACAGCUUUACCUAACUGUCAAACAACAUUAUUUUAUCAAAUACAACUGAAUCAAAUACAUCUAAAAACAACAAAUGGAAGUCGUUUCAGUUAAGCUAAUAUGUAUUUGUGCCAUGUACUUCAAAGGUUAAGUAAACAUUUCCUUACUUUCGAUGUCCCUUGACUUACCAAAAGUGAUGUGAUGCGCUGAAAUAUCACACUAGCAUCAUUUGCUUUUGUAUGGUUCAUUCCUUUCAAAGACUUACAAGUCCACUAAUUACUCGAGGAGAGAACUACCAAGUCCUUGAAAUCAUAAUAAUUCCUUGCCAUGGACACUCUAACUUUUGAGGUUCGAUGUAGACCUUAACAAUUCUCACUGGUUACAAUUCUCUUCACAUUGGUUCCAUUAAAUUGUGAGGCAGCCGUAAAUCAAAAGCGAUUGCGAAACGCAUGGUUCCUGGCUAAAAGGAGCUAAAAGAUGCUUUCACGAUAACCAUUGUGUGCCCUUCAUUCUUUUUUGGUUCUCCACUAUACACAUUUUCUUCUUCCGUCGUUUUAAACUCUUCACUUUCUUCUCGCACUUACUUGUUUUGCUCUUUACAGAAACGGUCCCCUAAAAGUACCCAAAGCCGAAAUGUCCGCAGCUUGCAUGUGCCAUUUUGAAAUGUGUGAAUUCACUUAUUUCCGAUUUAUGUAAACCGACACGAAAUGUCACUUGUGCUUAAUACUUCACCGUAUUUAUUGAACAUAAACAUUGGAUCAAAGUAAUAACUUGUUUGUCUCUUUCAUAAAACAUAUCCCAUUCAAACUAAUUCUGUAUCUUUUCAUCAACUAGAUAUAUAAAAAGAGAGUGUACAUGUUUGUCUCGUUCUUAAAAAAAUGUGUCCCAUUAUUGCUUUAUGAGGUGGGGCCAGAAAUUUAGAAAAUGUAUUGUUUUUUGCGCUGAGACCACCAAACCAAUUCUUAGUACAAUAUGUGUUCCAUUAAAUUGCUAAUGUUAAUGCUCGUCGAAACACGUCACCCGGCCUUUUUACCUUCUAUUUUAACAAUUGCCUGACAGUCCCUGUGAACGACAUUAAUCGUUUUGCUUACAUAGAGUGACCACCAAAGUCGGCUGGGAAUGACAUUAAUCGUGUCUACUUACAUAAAGUAGUUAUCCAAAAUCGACUAUUUCAACAUGGCCGCCGCGUCUAUACAACAACUACUAAACCUUACACGUUCAUGUUCUGUGAAACUGCAAUGAACCAGCUCGUUUAUAUAUACUUGUACGAUUGAACGCCAUUAUAACAAACAGGAUGGAUAUACAAGGAAAUUCGGACCAUCUAAUUAUCUGAAUGCGUAGCCAAGAACCAACCUGGAUUCCUCAUAACAUAUAAUGUUGAACUGUCGCUAUUCAAACAAUGCCUACAAGCUUGGAAAAUUAAGGAUACCUAUCUUGGAUUUUUUGGUAAGAAAGUUGCCAUGAACAUUACGAAGAUUACCAUUUACUGAUAAUCGAAUACAACUCGUUGGCCAUUCGAUUUGAAUUGAGCAAGAAAUUAGUUAUAAGUGGUAAUUCCCGACCAAACACUCUUGUCUGGGACGAAUUUCAAAUCACAAGAGGUUAUCAAUUAAAGGUAAAAGCAUUAAAAACUGAUUAAUGACACUUAAGUUACAGUAGCGUUGUCAUUAUUAGUAUACAAUUAUACUAUUGGAAACAUUUUUAUAUUAAUAUAUGGUUAACUUUUUGCUAUGUCAUUUCAAUUUGUCUUGACAAAUUAGGCAUUUCAUCGAGUAAUUGCCAUUUCUGCCAAAACACGUUUUAAGAACGAGGCCAACAUGCACUCUAUGUUUUUUUUUAUUUGUGGUUGAUGAAAAGAUACAGAAUUAGUGCACGCCAUUUUCGCCGAAAUCGCCACUUUGCAAAGGGCCCCUUUCCCAUCUCAUUUGCAUUUUUUUAUAAUUUGGCGAUUUCGGCGAUUAAUCGCCAUUUCUGCCAUCUUCGCCAAAUACGCCAUUUUCGCCAAUAUCGCCACUUUCCAAAGGGCCCCUUUGCCAUCGUGUUUGAAUUUUUGUUUACAGUUUGGCGUUUUUGGCGAUUAAUCGCCAUUUCUGCCAUUUUCGCCAAAUACGCCAUUUUCGCCGAAAUCGCCACUUUCCAAAGGGCCCCUUUGCCAUCUCAUUUGAAUUUUUGUUUAUAGUUUGGCGAUUUUGGCGAUUAAGCGCCAUUUCUGCCAUUUUCGCCAAAUACGCCAUUUUCGCCGAAAUCGCCACUUUCCAAAGGGCCCCUUUGCCAUCUCAUUUGAAUUUUUGUUUAUAGUUUGGCAAUUUUGGCGAUUAAGUGCCAUUUCUGCCAUUUUCGCCAAAUACGCCAUUUUCGCCGAAAUCGCCACUUUGCAAAGGGCCCCUUUGCCAUCUCAUUUGAAUUUUUGUUUAUAGUUUGGCGAUUUUGGCGAUUAAGCGCCAUUUCUGCCAUUUUCGCCAAAUACGCCAUUUUCGCCGAAAUCGCCACUUUGCAAAGGGCCCCUUUGCCAUCUCAUUUGAAUUUUUGUUUAUAGUUUGGCAAUUUUGGCGAUUAAUUGCCAUUUCUGCCAUUUUCGCCAAAUACGCCAUUUUCGCCGAAAUCGCCACUUUGCAAAGGGCCCCUUUGCCAUCUCAUUUGAAUUUUUGUUUAUAGUUUGGCGAUUUUGGCGAUUAAGCGCCAUUUCUGCCAUUUUCGCCAAAUACGCCAUUUUCGCCGAAAUCGCCACUUUCCAAAGGGCCCCUUUGCCAUCUCAUUUGAAUUUUUGUUUAUAGUUUGGCAAUUUUGGCGAUUAAGCGCCAUUUCUGCCAUUUUCGCCAAAUACGCCAUUUUCGCCGAAAUCGCCACUUUGCAAAGGGCCCCUUUGCCAUCUCAUAUGAAUUUUUGUUUACAGUUUGGCGAUUUUGGCGAUUAAUUGCCAUUUCUGCCAUUUUCGCCAAUGCGUGCAUUUCUGGACAUAUCUCACAUUUUCUCACCGCAAAUAGAAAGAAAACGUUCCAAAGAAUAUUUGGUUAUAAUUCUGGCUGUAAAAGAAAGCUUCGAGCAAUUUUCUUGCCUCGAGUUCAUCUUUGAAAAAGGAAACACCGGGAAGCCGGCUUACAAAAUGAAAAACAUAAACAAGGAUUUUCAGAGACACUUUAAUACUUGUCUUCGUGAAUGAAAAUUGUUGUCUCUGUAUAUGUUUCAGCGAAUCAUUUUCCUUUUAUUGAUUGUUAGUAAUCUCUUGCAAUUUUUAUCGCUGUCGCGUUUGUUUUAAGUCGCUCAUGAACACCGCUUGCAUGCAGGAGUAGUCUAAAAGCCGCGCGUAUCAAACGCUUUUGACGAUUACUCCUCGGUUUAAAACCAUUAAAUAAAAAGUAAACAUAAUAAAUUCUUUAUUAUGUUGAAGCGUUUAACUCUAUUAAUCAUAAUUUAAACAGUCGACUUUGGCGCUUGUCAAAAGUGAGAGCCGGCUAGCCGUAUAGGUGAUUUUGGAAUUUUUUUUAACGGUUUCGCUGAAAGCCCACACGUGCUUCGAUCGUCCUGAAUAUUGAGUGAGUGCAAUUUGUAUUGCAAAAUUGUGAAAUACUGCAUUCUGUUCGAGGUCUGUAUGAUAAAAACAGCGCCUCAUGGUACUGUUUCACCUCAGAUGUGAUGUAUAAAAAGUAUAAAAGGUUGGGUUACACGUACCCAGACUUGUUGGCAAGAUUUUGUAAAGUAAACUUGUCGAACGCAAAAAAAUUCGGCCUGAUUUGUUUUCCAAGAAAUUGUUUUUAAGGCCUAAUCUACUGUGAUCAAGAGCCCGCGUUCUUAAAUGUGAUCGAAGAUGAUUGCUAUUUUUUGGGUGUACAUAUAAGGCUGUCAACUCGAUGUAAGAUUAAGUUCACUCUUUAUAUAUAGCUUGGACUGUUUGCAAAUUACUUUUCUCUAAAAUCACUUAACCUUUCCCUCAAAAGUGACAUGAAUGUGCUCUAAAGUUAACUGAAUUGUGGAAAACAAGUUUAUUGUUUGAUUUAAAUUAUAAAUUCGAGUUAAUGUAUAGGAGCUUCGCUUUUAGCCCUGGCUAAACCUAUAUAUUAUAGAAUACAAAUACAUCUGAAUAAAACCGGUAAGAUAGAUAGAUAGAUAGAUAGAUAGAUAGAUAGAUAGAUAGAUAGAUAGGUUUACAAAUGCAAUAAUUUACAACUGCACUAGAUUAAAACUAAUUAAAACGCUUAACAACUAAUUAAAGAAGGAUGAUCCAACAUAAUUUACGAUAUUAACGACUGUUAUAAAAUCAUAAAUUCAAAAACAUGCGUCACGUUCCUAUAUACAAUAAGAAACAAAAUUAUAUCUAGUUAUCAGCUACUGUAAACAUAACUUAAAAGGAAACUAUUCUUGCAUCUUUCAGUUUUACGCUAUGGAAGAAUAAAUGUUCCUUGUUCUCUCAGAGAGUGGCUUGGCUGGUAUUUACUUGGAAGUAGUUUGUGGAGACUAUGAGAUUGAUUAGCACAUAUUUCAUCGCACUACUUUGUCGCAAUUGCCUCUCUUCUAUCAUACAGUGUUAAAAGUCCAGACAGCUCUAGAGCCUUAACAUAUGAUAGCUCAGGGUAAAUAAUCUUCAUAGCACGUUUUUGCAGUCUUUCCAGGUCUUCGCUUAGAUAAGUUGGUAGAGCGCGAUUAAAAACUGGGCUGCCGUACUCCAGUAUAGAGCGAAUGCAUGUGAUGUAAAAUAGAACUAGCUCCCUUGAAGCAACAUGCGAUUUCCCUGCUGUCUUAGAAAAUAUAAUCUUGUUGAGACCUUUCUAACUAGUUCUGACACAUGGACAUUCCAUUUUAAAUCACUGCUAAUAUCAAGUCCUUUCAGUCUCUAGGGUCUGACGAUUAACACAGAUAGGGUCAAAUUUCACGGCAACAAAGAAACUACUGAAGUAAGGUUUAGCGUUAUUUAGCGUUCGCAGAUCUCAGUAAUAUAUUUCUCAUACAGAGUCUCUUAUAUUUUCAACGGUCGCCUGUAACGCGACACCGGCGCGUCAUCUAUGGUAUGUAAAUUACAUUACACCUUUCCUUCGUAACGUGAGUUUGGACCGCCCGUGAGUCUUUAAGCUUGAAGCUGCGCAGUUUAUGUUUUAAGCCGGCUUCCCGGUGUUUACUGUUUUGAAAGAUGAACUCGAGGCAAGAAAAUCGCUCAAAGCUUUAUUCUUUCUACAGCCAGAACUAUAACUAAACACUCUUGGGACCUUUUUUUCUUUCUAUUUGCGGUGAGGAAAUAUCGACUAAUACCCUGGGUGCCAGAGACUUUUCUAGCGCGGGUCCGGCGGAAGAUGUGUCGGCCUUCGACCAACAACGAAAACUGUCGCCGCACGUGAGAGAAACCUCUGGUACCCUAGGUAAUCGACUAAAGGCUUUUUAAAGUUCUGUAAGCUUAUAUCAAAGCUCAUACUACGUUUAAUACAAAUGAGCAUAAACUAGCCUUAUAAACUGCGCUCGACUUCAUGAAAUUAGAAAUAAUAAUGAAAAAAAAAAACAAACAAACAAACAACAAAACUAAAAUACAAUAAUUACUCAGUCUUACCAUUCAAGAUGCUGCUCCUGAAAGCUAUCAAGUAAGGCCAGAAUCGCUUGAGACUUUUCAACCCGCAUCCAGCAAGUUGAAAAACGAAAACGAUGCCAUCCGAAACCGGAUUUCCGACUUUUACAAGCGGCGUAUUUCUCAACCAAAAAUUCAAUAAAAAAACAGCCAUGAAUAACAGAAGACUCUUGUUAGCAGCUGUAUUUCAUUUUGUGCAUCCAGUGGAAAAAGACACUUAAAAACAUCACAAGUUGACAAAAAACUCUCUCAGCUUCAGCUGUCAAAGUAGAUAAGUCUCAAGAUGCUGUAUAAAUUUUCCGCAUGAACUCACCGGUCAAAUUUUGACCACUCAGAGCAUAAAAAUUGGACGUAGAGCUUGACCAACGCGUGACUAUGUUGAGAAUAGUGAAAAGCAUCCGUCUUGCCUGCUUGUAUUUUUAAAUAACUGGCUGAAUUUUCGCUUCCGAGGUCAGUUUGAAAUCAAAAUGUUAAUAGCGCGGGGCCAUACAACCUCGUCCCCAGGGUGCCUUUCCCUGGCUUUGGAGGUGGGGCGGGAAAAGGCCCUGGCAUCGGCCGGUCACAUGACCACCAAACACCCAGAAUUUGUGGGUGUUCUAAAUUAGCAUAAGAUCACAUACGAUAAGCAAAACAUCGAAGAUGGCGGGUACACCAGAGUUGUUGUCAGUGCUUCGCCGGGUCGCAAUUUUCCAGAGUAACGGUGACUUUUCAUCGCUUAAUUUUAAACCUCUUCCAGUAUAGUGUUUUGAAUCUAUCUUGAUAGGCCAGGAUGUUAUUGGAGUCUUACCAACUGGAUCUGGCAAGUCGAUGCUAUUUCACGGGCUGUACUGUUCUCACCAAGAUAAAGAACAACUAAAGUUGCCCUUUUAAAAGCAACUAAGCACAAAGCCAACAUGGCAAAUAAUGAGGUUCGCGUGGAGAAACAAAACGAUUCUCUUGCCCGAUCACAAAGUGAAAAUAACAAAACAGUCCAAACACUGGUAAGCUAUGUCAAAAGCUAUUACCAAGGAAGGAAAUACGCGCUCCAGUCAAAGGCUUCAAGUUAUUUUUAGAAAAACACUAAGAUAGAGUCUACUAAGUCACAAUGCAAUUCUCAUAGUUAAUGUAGCGUCAGUUUAAGCUGCACUUCAUUCUUAUAAUUUUGGAUCUGUUAAUUACUAUCCAUGAUAAUUUAACAUUCUGCAAAGAAACUGACUUACGAGCAGGGCCCAGCGUGAUACAACAUUGCAGAAAAUCAUUACAUUCACGGACUAAAGAAAAUCGCUUAGUUAUUGAGAUCCAAAGGGCUUUUUGAAGAAAAUUAGAACCCUUAAUUCAACCGUAAUAAAAAGCUCUACGCUUCAAAAGAGGUCUAAGAAAACGCUCUUGCAUCAGAGGGCAAAUCCUGCCGACCAGAAACAAAAACCACAGUAAAUCGAUGUCAUGACCUCUUAGUGUGAAACAUGCAGCUGAAAACACAUUUGCGCAGCGAAAAUAUAGAACCUUCCAGAGCAUAAUCUAUCCAUCAGAGGAAAAAGAACUUAUUGGAACAAGCAACAUUUUGGCAUGAGGUAAAAGUCGUGUAGGCCUGCCACCCCCUUUUAUUGAGGUUCAUCCACAUCGAAGUUUUCGGGUGGCAUAUCCUUUGAUAGACGCUUCGAGGGCUGAUGCGAAGACGGUGAAAGUUGAACGCAUCGUUUUACAGAAUGUUCUGAGUUUAGAUCAGACGGCGUAUUGUCUACAGAUUGAGCUCUCUGAAUAGACUGAUCCAUUUUGUCUACGAAUGGAACGCCACUCCUACAUAACACUGCUGACCUCGUAUCGUCCUCAGAAAUUUUCUAACACAAGUUUUAUAAACUUUCGAAUACAAAGUCAUUAAAUAAGCCGGCCUUUCUGAAUAUUCGAAGCAUAUAGUGACUCUCAUGAGAACCACCACACAGCCUGCAAACUGGAUUUCUUGAAGAAAUCGUCGCUGGAGUAGACAUACAGUCCUUUCCGCCAUUUCGAUUUCGGUAUAAUGCAUAAAUUAUUUUCAUUUGGCUAUUUUCUUACAUGAAUUACCUAAAUCAAUCAACCAAUCAAACUGGCCGGCCGAUGCCAGGGCCUUUUCCCACCCCACCUCCAAAGCCAAGGAAAAGCGCCCUGGGGACGAGGUUGCGGGGUCAUAGAGACAUAAACUCAACAUAUUUCAUAUGAAUUAAAAAAAUAAACUUGAGCCUGCAAUCAUGUGAAAGUAGUAACUUGUCAGCGGAUAACUUCAACAAAAUAAGCGUCCUGAAUGGGUGGACACCUGAACCCGCGAUACGGUCAGGUAAUACCGCUCAGCAGAUACCUUGUUUUGACAGCUGUCUAUUGAUCACAACAUUGAUGUGCAAAUCAGUUUUCUCCUGGGCUCUCUGGGCUUCCAAACAUUGGUAAACCUGUGGUGCGAACUGUCGGUCGGGCGUACGGGCACCUGAUUACCAAAAUUUCUCGGAUGCGUAGAUUACCAAGUUUUCUUACCCAUCGUACUCCGCUUCGUGCGCGUGGAGCUCCACUAUAAAACCACUGUAGCUCAGUGAUAACAAGACUAAAUAGAUUCCUCCAAUAAGCAGAAAAGAUAGCAACAACCGCGAAGCUGCAAAUUGAUUACCAAAACUAAACGCAGUUAUUCCUAUAAUGAAAUCGAUACUGCAAAAACUAAAAAGAAGAAAACUAUACUCACGUUGGUUUGCACACACACCAAUGUUAUCUUGACUCAAAAGCUAAACUGAGCUUCAUAGAAGAUGAGCACCAGUGUAGUUAAGAAUAAAGCCGUAAUGGCUGACAGAAGUUAACACUAUGAAGUCUACACUAGAACUGAACUAAGAUAAAAACGCUAAAUUUGUAAUUAACAAAACGUGCUUGAAAACGUUGUAGAGAUUAUGAAGUAUAUCUUUCCCAUGCGUGAAUAACAAAAAAGGGCUGGGAAAGUAGCCCUGGGCUUAUUAAUAAAAAUCAUUUAUGUAGGUGAUAAUGGAUUUAUAAUAACUACCGUUAGCACGUUCGUGCACUUAUAAGUGAGGGAUUAACGAAAAGAAAUCACGUUUGAAAACCAACACCAACCCCCCCUGUUCCUCCCCCACAAUUGUAGCCAGCCAAGAGAUAUUCGUUAAGGGAAACCGGAGAAGUGAACGGAAGCUGCAGACAGUCAGUGGAUAUGGUUGCAUUUAUUAUAUUAAGAGAGAAUAUAGCAUUAGAGGUCAGCUCUUUUAAGAUCUUUUUACGGUGAGAAAUCAAGUUUACGAAUUCCGUCGAUGAAACUAACUCCCCUCUCCUAUACCGAUGCAGCGCCAAAGUUCCAAGUAACGUUGCGAUAAUAAUUUCUCGAGGAAGGGCGAAAGUCACCUAAAAGUCGCCUCCAAAAGAAGAAGAGGACAAGGAAAGCCUUAUCACUAGUUAUUUCCGAGUUAAACUAAUCAACAAAGUCCUUCAUUUCUUAGUUGUAAACUGUACAAACUAAGAAAAAUCUUGUAGUGCCAAUGCAUCAAGAACGUGUAACGUUGCCAAAUACAGGCGAGCUCAUUUUAAAACACUUCGAAAUGACCGACGUGCAUGUUCAAUCAGCACUACUGGACGCCUAAUGUCUAGAUUAACACCAAAUAUUUGCUCGGGUAAAUAUGAUGCAAAAAAGUGCAAACUAAGAGGAAAUCAGGUGGAAAGAUGGUAAACACCGCAACUGCGUCCUAAUUUAUAUGAUAGGGUUGCAAAUUCAGGGGCAAAUGCGGUAUUUACCAUCUUGACCCUAAUAUAAUUUUCUCCUAGUUUGUACUUUUUCGUGCUAUGUUUGCACUGAGCAAAUUUGGUAUAAAUCUAAUAAUAAUUAUGAAGAGAACUCGACCGGAUUUUAAAAUUCAAGGAUGUACCUCAAAUUUCAUUUACUGCCUAAUCUGUAAGCAUAAUAGGGAAUUGAAUAAGCGCAGUCAUAAAAUCGAUUAAAUAAAUUACAAUCCUGACCUCAAAUUUUAUAUAUUUAUCUUUUAUAGUUUGCCCUCAAAAUUGGACUCCACACCAAUCUACUUGCUAUAAACUAUCCUCUAAUACCCUGGAAUGGAUCGCGGCAAAAUUUGCGUGUGAAGCACUUGGAUCUAAUCUCGCAAUGUUGGAUUCACAAGCUGAACAACAGAGCAUUGGUUGGAGAUUCAGGGCAUGGAUUGGUUUGCACCGUGACUUGAGUAAUAACUCACGUUGGCAAUGGACUAAUGGCUCAGUAGCGGUUUACCUAAACUUUGCUUAUAACCAGCCAGACAACUGGAAAGGCACUGAAGAUUGCGUAGAAAUGCGUCCGUCAAGGAAAUGGAAUGACUUGAACUGUAAUGCUUCUCUUCAUUAUUCUUGUGAAUUGUCCUCAGGUAGGUCACGUUAUGUUCGGACAACAAGAAAUUAAAUAGUUUUAUAUCCAAAGAGACGCAUGUCAAAUGUUUUCUUGGUCGAGCAGACAGCGAAAAAAACGGUGUGAUUUUUUUUAAUUGUUUGGUUGGAAGAAUUUUUAUUCCAUUCUCUUGAGUAUUCUAAUGAAAUUGAAUUAAAAAGACAACAAAUAAAAAAAAAAUAGCAACAACAAAACACGGAAAUUUCAAUUAUUGAAGAGCGUAAACUGAGGAUCAAGUCCCGGAUAAGUUAUUAUAAUUAUUGCUGUAGACAAAAGAAAAACGCAGUUAUGAACUUUUUGACACAUCUAAAGGUCUCAGUAAUCUACUAUCAGUGUCGUCGCUGUUUAUCUUCUUUACUCUUUUAAAAUUGCUUUAUAUCUCAUCUUUUAAAGGAUUUACGUGCCGAAAACUCUCUUCCUUAAAUGAGGUACAAAUUUUGCCCGACAGUUGUGUUUUACAUAAUCAAAGAUACGACUCAAUUUGUUCAUUUUCUUGCGCUAAUGGAAAACAAAUUAGUGGCCCUUCAUCUGUUCGGUGCGGAAUAAGAGGAUUCUGGAGCGAGGAAGUGAACAAAGUCAGCUGUAAUGGUUCGUAUAACUCUAAUUUUUGUUUUUUACUUCUUUUUACCUUCCCUUGUUUUUCUCUUGAUGUUCCAGCAGCGUUAAAAAACCGUUUGUGA